AUGGAGGCCAACAGUUUAGAUAACGAACCUACAAGGAAACCAGCACAGGCGGGUGCACAUGACAAGCAUCCGGAAGUACAACCGCUUCUAAACAACAACCACAGGACGCUUGGGGGCAGCUCCUCUAUCAACGGUCCGUCUUCAGUCAACGAAAGUCGUGAUAUCGAAUCUGAAGGGUUUAUAAAGGAUAGGCUAUUCCAAAUUCGUAAGGGUUAUAGGAUUUUCAUCCAUAAUUCCAAGUGGAUUUUGAACGUUCUAAUUUUAAUCAAUACUCUUUGGUUAGUCACCACGUUGAUUUCGGAUUUCUUUUUCAACAUCGAUGUUCUUUUCGGGUUUAGCAACCGAUACGCAAGUUUCAAUGACCUGAUUUUAAUAUUUAUUUCAAUUGUUGCGAACUCUUUUAACCUCUGGUUUAACAAGUUGGGACUGUAUUCGGCCCUAGAUUAUGGCUUGAAUGUGACCCUCUGUGUUUUGACGCUGUUCAAUCUGGCUCUGACGUAUAUGAUCAAAUAUACCAGACAGAGAAUCGGGUUUGUCGGUACAUUUACCUAUUUAUGGACAUCAUUUUCAUUUUUCGUUGGCGCCAUAUUAGACUGGUACCUCGUAUUUUACAACGAUUCAAUAAAUGAACCGUUGGAGGAACGCAGUAUUGAAGAUACUACUAUUACCGUGAAUGAUAACAAUGCAAAUGUCGAAAAUAGCAACAACAUCAACAACAGCAACGGAGGCCAAUACGGGUCGGCCCCAACAACUCCUACGCGCGAGGUUAGACCAGUACAAGGCAAGCAUACCUUAACAGAAUGGGUAUUCAUUGGGUUUAGAAAUUCAAUCAAAUCUGCCAUUCUGAUAUUCUUCACUCUAUUUACUUUAAACACCCUGUUGACUACAUUAGAUACCUACAGAUUGACGCACAAAUUACCAAUAACUGUUCAAUCGCCUUCAUACGAGGCAUUUCACUACGUCGACGCUGCUAAGACUUACAAAUUGCACAUAACUUGUUAUGGUGACGUGUUCAAUCAAGGCAAUGAAACAGAGUCAACUGACAGGAAAAAGAAGCAGCAACCGAUAAUUUUGUUCGAACAUGGAGGUUACGAUACCGGUUAUCUGUCUGCUACUUGGAUCGAAGAACUAUACCAUUUAGAUAGAGUUCAAAGGUACUGUUUAUACGACAGACCAGGGUACGGAUUGAGUGAUUCUCCUCCUGCACCAAUUUCAAUUGCUAUGGUAGCCGAAUCCCUAAGGUACGCACUGAUUAAGGACGCUAAAAUUAUGGGUCCAUUCACCACGGUAGGAUACGAUCUUGGCGGACUAUUCACAAGGGUGUUUACUGCCAAAAAUGUUGAUAUCGUGGAUAGCAUGAUGCUCGUUGAAUCAUGGCACGAGGAACUGCUGUUAAAAAACUAUGUUCAGAGACUAUUACCCCCAGGCCGUGGCGACGGCGAUGAUGGCGAUGGAAACGAUGGCGAUAACCGUGAUGGUCGCAAUCAUGAUAAAACUUGGUUGCCUUCCGAGAUUGAAAGACACAAUGAGUUCAGACUAUGGUGGAAGGGUAUUUGGUCGAGUUUAGGGUGGAGAUUACAAACCUCUUGGUUGUUGGCUCAUCAUGGGUCUAAAGAGCGUAUAUUUGGACGUGAUAUGAAAUACCAGGGACGUUUCUUGCGUUCUAAAUUUUUGGAAAGUGUCACUAGCUCCAUUUUAAGUUAUAAGGAUGUGACAAACAAUAGAGAGUCCUUACAAAACGUCAAAACAAGCAUUGUCAGUUCUAAAGAAAUGGUGAAGAAGUCAGCAUUGUGGGGUGACUGGCAAAGGGAAUUGACAAAAAUCUCUCACAAGACCCAAGAAUGGAAAAUCGUAGAGGGUGGCCAUGAAGUAUACAAGUAUGGUCUUGGUAAGCAACAAACCCAAGAAGUUUUGCUAAGAUUGAUAGGUGAGCUGGAUAAGUUUUCACAGGACUAA